CUUUCCUUUACCUUUACCUCCAUCUCGCUCGUCCGCCAUGUUUCGUGUCGGAAUCGUAUCUUCAUUACGACCACUGUCAAGUCCAUUGGUCGCCCAAGCUGCUCGACGGCCACUUCCAGCAUCGAGCUUCCGGUCCUUCAGUAGCCUACGGCCGAAUGUGUUCGCAACGCUGCAGAAGCGGUCCUCUGGCCUUCGCUCACCGUUCUUUUCCAACCAUUCCCGCACGCUCUUGACGGAUGCCUCUCCUGUCGUCGCUCGGCCAUCACAGUCGGAGGCGUGGAAGCGUUAUGGUAUCACAGCUGUAACAGUUGCCGGCACGAUUGUAGCGGUCGAUCUCCUACUCAACCGCGAGACGCGGGACUCUCUGUCUCCGGCUGAGCAAUCGUACCUGCACGAAAGCUUCUUGUAUGCCGGUGGUGGUCUCGGUGUAACUGCUCUGGUCGCUCGUUCGCUCUUCAAGAAUGGAUUCGCCUUCCGGGUCAUGUCGGCCAAUCCCUGGGUUGUGCUGGGAGUGAGUCUUGUGGGUAGCAUUGGUACCAUGAUGGGUGCUAUGUACACGCCCCCGGAGCACACGGUCUUGAAGCAUGCGUUCUGGCUGGGGUUCAAUGCUUGCCAAGCUGCGACGCUCAGCCCUCUGUUCUUCUUCAGCCCUGCUAUUCUAUCUCGUGCUGCUCUCUACUCUGCGGGUGUGUUCGGUUCCUUGUCCUACAUUGGUGCCACGGCUGCAAAUGACAAGUACCUAUACAUGGGUGGACCCCUCCUCGCUGGUGUUACUGUUGUGGCUCUGAGCUCCUUGGCGCCCAUGGCUCUUCCCCUCGGUAUGCGUGGAUUGGCUGUUGCUGAAGCGAUAUCCUUGUACGGUGGUCUCGCGGUGUUUGGUGGAUUCAUUCUUUUCGACACCCAAAAGAUUCUGCAGCAUGCCCGUAUGUCUCAGGUUGGAGCUGUCACGCGUGAUCCAAUGCGCGAGGCUAUCAGUCUUGAGCUGGACAUGAUCAACAUCUUUAUUCGCCUUGUGCAGAUCCUCUCCAUGCAACAGAAUAGGAAGAAGUAAUGGUCUGACGUGGACACAGUAUCUGUAGAAGUAUAAUUGGUUGUAUAAAAGGAUUAUCCUAACAUGUAUAACUCUGUGUGUGAUUCCCUCCUAUUCCCUGUUUUGUCAUUCAGCAUCAUGGGUAUCGACGCGUCACGAUCGCUUUAUCGGUUGGACGCGGGAAGCACGACAUUGUUAGUAACGGCAGCU